AUGACAUGUGAGCUGUUUAUUUUCUAUUCUAUUAUCGUCACCAUCUCCAGGAUCAUCCAGAGAGCGCUGAGUGCCUGGUGGCUGCAUAAAUAGCGAGUCUAUUUCAGAUUUAUAUAACUUUUCAACUGCUGGGAUAAAGCCAUGCGUCUGCAGAUUAUUACAGCAACCUGUUUUCUGUUGCUCCUGUCCUAUGGAGUUGAUGGAAAAGGCAUAUCCAAGAGACAUGUGCGUAACGACUGGCUGAUCAUUCCGGAUGCAGUGGCCUUCUCUAUUUAUCAGUAUGUGAAUGAUAUCUCUCCAGAAUCUGGAAAGGCCCUUAUGGAGCUUUUUGAAAAACCUCUGGUUCAAGAAAUACGGGGCUACCUACUAAAAACAACGUCUCAUCUCAACUUGAAAGCACAGGAAAUUUAUCAGAAGAUUACAGAGUUCCUGCAGAAGACACAGUGAGAUGGUGAAAGUCAACCAGGAGCUCAGGCUCCUCAUACGUCUUCUAGAAUUUGCCUUUCUCUUCUGUGUUGGGAAACUUGUAGGGUCGGGAUGACCAUGUCCUCGUCUGACCAGUUUGAAGCUUUACUGUUAAUGUUGGACACAACACAGUGAGAUCAAUAACCUUCAUUCAUUAAAAUUCACAGUGAAGA